CAUGUUAGUGCUCAUUCACCCAAUGACAGUUAUUAUGACUAGUAAAAAUAAAUAGCCAUUAGGUUAAUUAAACUUCAGGGAAGCUCUGCUAUUAUAACACUAAACCGAUCAUGACCAAAUCACUACUAAGGAUCGUUUAAGCGCUUCCGGGCGGAAACUUUCCGCAGUGAGAGUGUGCCAGUGUUCCAGCGUCUUCCCUGGAAAGAACACACGCCAGUGUAUGAUGUGCGCACUCACUAGCGCUUCAUACCCAGCCGGUGCAUUUCCCAGCGUAACCGGAGUACUCGACAAACGAGCCAAAGAUUUGUCAGCGCGCGCUAACUUGAGAAAAUGAGAAAACAAACCGGAGAGUGAUUGUUCUGCGCUUCUGAACGGACUUAAGUUCUUUUGUUUCGACCGGGCUUCUUGAAUCCUUGUAAACAUGGGGCUACACCGAAAUGAAACGGUAAUUUGGACAGAGGGGCAUAUGGACACGAACCAAACGACCGACACUCUUGGUCCGGAGGCAGUAAUUGUGCCCAUCAUAUUUGGAUGUAUAUUUUUCUUGGGAAUCAUUGGAAACACUCUAGUGAUGGUUGUCAUUGGGAAAAUAAAGUCGAGGCGCUCGAGAAGUACCACUAACAUUUUCAUCCUAAAUCUCAGUAUAGCAGAUUUAUCUUUCCUCUUGUUUUGCGUCCCGUUUCAGGCCACCAUAUACUCUCUUCCCGAGUGGAUCUUCGGGGCGUUUCUGUGUAAAUCUGUGCACUAUUUUUUCACUGUCAGCAUGCUGGUGAGCAUUUUCACGCUUGUGGCCAUGUCUGUGGACAGGUACAUUGCUGUCGUGCUCUCCAAAAAGUCCCCGUGUAUUCGUAACCGGAGGAAUGCGCUCACUGGCGUCUGUGCCAUUUGGAUGCUUUCCUUUAUCUUUGCUGUCCCGGUUGCGCAGCACCAAAUUUUGCUGGAUUUCUCAGAGGCUCCCAAUAGGACGUUCUGCUGGGAGUUUUGGACUGAACGGGUGGCCAAGCACACUUAUAAAGUGACCAUUCUCGUGAUAGGGUAUCUGUUACCGCUGGUUUUGAUCACAUGCUGUUAUGCCAAGGUGUUGUAUCAUCUUCAUAAAAAAAUGAAAAAUAUGUCCAAGAAGUCUGAACUGUCAAAGCGAAAGACGGCUCAGACGGUGUUGUUGGUUGUCGCUGCAUUCCUCAUCUGCUGGAUGCCGCACCACAUUAUCGCUAUGUGGGUGGAGUUCGGCCACUUUCCCUUGAAUGAUGCAUCCUUUGUAUUUCGCAUCAUUUCUCAUUGCCUGGCCUAUGGAAACUCCUGUGUCAACCCCAUUCUUUACGCUUUCCUGUCUGAAAACUUCAGAAAAGCCUGCAAGCAGGUCUUCACAUGCCGCUUUUUUAACUCUCCUCCGCCUGUGGAAAAAGUGGUGCGCAUUCGCAUGGAGAACUUCUCCAUGACACAUUCCACUACUAACAUGUGACUCGAAACAUUUUAGAGAUAUCAGCACUGUUUAAAAACUGGAGAUAUCAGCACUGUUUAAAAACAUUUGUGGUGUCGUUUCUGGUUCAUGGCAUAGUGCAUGGAUCACAUUCAAGAAGGUUAAGAAGUUACCUUGAGAAGUAAAAAUCCUAUUUAAUAUCUUAAUCCAUGUACAUCAAAGGCAUUUGCUUAUAAAAAAAAAAAGUGUAAACUAUUUAAGUGUAAAUAGUGUUUGUCAUUGAAAUGUUGUAUUACGUUUUUAUGUACUGUUUAAUGUGUAUUUAAUGUUAUUGAAAAUAAUAAAAACAUAUAGACAGUAAUUUAAAAAUAUAAUUUUAACAGUUUUUGAAUAUGUUUGAAAGAAUCACUAUAAAAGAACAUGGAUGUGUUUGUUAAUGAACUGUGCUGUCUGAACAGCUUUUUGCAUAGUGUUUAUGUUGUAUUUGACAAACACUUUCGGUCUCAAUAUAAGCAUGCCAUAAACCUCAAUAUUUACUUGUAUGCUGUAAUUAUGUAUUCAGUGACAUUGGUUUAUGUCCAGUCUCAUGGUUAAAUAUCCAUUAUAAAAAAGAAAAUAUUAUUGAAGGUUUCCCCAAAAGAAUUCAAAUAAUAAUAAAAAAAUAUCUAA